AUGAACGCUCCCUUUGUACCUUCUCUUUUCCUUCGAUCUCUUCGUGGGUAUCACCGCUCGGCGCAGACAUAUCCACCCAGUUCAUCUUAUGAAAUAAGCGCCGAAGUGCCUAGGCCGUCCGUGCCUCUCCAAAAGCCGUCUUCGAACGAACCUUCUGAGGAUAUGAUGCUUUCUUUAUUCCAAGGCUAUCGCCCAGUCUUCAAACCUCACCGGCUGGGAUGCGAGGUAGAAUCUCUCUUGCUCCUCGGUCCAUCACAGCGUAUGUGCUAUUAUGAUGGUAAACUGUUUGGUGGAUACGUCGCCUUCUUAAUGGACCGGAUUCUCGCCGAUUGCUGCAAGCCAGCAUUCACAGCGUACCUUAACACGUCGUUUUUGCUUCCUGUCCCACCCACUGUACCCAUAUUGCUACGGGCAUGGCCGAAUAAAGUCGAGGGCCGGAAAAUAUUCUUGAAAGGCUCCGUUCAAAUUCCUGGGAAAGCGUCCGAUGCAUUCAAGCGGAAGCACUGUUCAUCCGGCCAAAGAACUGAAGCUCAGAUUGGAAAGUGA